GUAACAGCGCUGUUUUAGAAACCAUGGAUAUAAAGACAAGAGCAAUUGAGUACUUUUCCAACAACAAUAUUUUGAAAGAACUUGAGAAUGCUUUACAACUUAUGUUCCAGGAGAAUGCAUCAGAUCAUUCAGGCUACUUAAGCAAGUAUUUCGAAAAGAUUUCCCUUACUCCGAAAGUUGUCAGCAUCACAGUGGACAGAAACUAUUCAUAUAUUGGCACUUUUUCCAGUUCUUUGAGUGUAUUCACACUGUGGCGAACAAAUACUGAGGUUACCACAAGGCUAAACUAUGUUUAUGGAUGCUGUUAUUGUUUGCCCUAUGGAAACAUUUUAAAUGAAUCAACACCCACUGAAUUCUCAGUUUGCAUAGAAGCAGUCGUGGAUUUACUGAAUAAUUGCCUAUGGUCACCAGCAGAGAUGAUUGAAAUUGAUAAAUAUAUCAGAAACUUCUACAGUGAAUAUAGAAAGCAAUUGAAUAAAAUGCAAACGGAUGAAAGUGAAAAGGAAAUAGAAGUUAUUGGUUCAAAAGAAGUUCCAUUGAAGUCUACAUCAGCACAAAAUGCAAAAAAAAAAUCUACUAAAGAUAUCAUUUCACUUCUUCCAAAUCAAAUAAUCUCAAUGGCACCAUUUAUUGCAACAGAUUUAACUUGGUUAUCUAUUAGUUUACAUUUAACAGCAAUGAAAUGUUCUAGACCAAAGAUCAAUUUUCAAUUGUAUAUGAAGUCAUUAUAUGAUGAGGUGAUUAAAUCAAUAAUAUCUGAUAAUCAGUUUAGUUCAUCAAUUCCUAUCAACAAAAUAACAUGUCCAAUCAUUACAAUACUGAAUUGUCCUGGACGUAUUGAUUCAAUACAAUCAGGAAAAUGUAAAUUUCUACAAGAAAUUCUUCUUAUUCCUAAAUCAUAUUUAACACCAAAAGAACUAUUAGAUAAUCUGUUCAUUAUUAAAACAAAAUUAUCACAAACAUUAUUAAAUAAACCAAAUGUAAAAGAACGUUAUGAGAUUAUAACAGGAAGUUUAAAAACACCUGAAGAAUUAGUCAAUUAUUAUAUUGACUUAAUUGGAAGAUACCCACAAAUACGUUUACUAAUUGAUCCAUUUAGAGCAGAAGAUAAAGAAUAUUGGGAAUUAUUAAAAACACGUAUUACAUCACCACUCUUAAUUACAACAAGUACAAUGAUUCAACCAGCUAUUAAAGAGACAACUCUUAAUCGAUCCAAUUCAAUUAUUACAAAAAAUUCUAAAACAAUAACAACAUUAUCAUUUGAUGAACAAUUAAAAUUUAGUAUUCCAACUGGUUUAACUAUUUAUGAUUUAAUGAAUAAUUGUCAAGGCAACAAAAUUCAUCAUUAUAAGGAUGAUGUAAAUCAUGUUGACAUAGAUACUACUACUACUACUACUACUACUACUACUAAUAAUAAUAAUAAUAAUAAUAAUGAUAUAAGACAAAUACAGAAUGGUACAUUACAAUCUAUAUCAUUAUAUAAUACAGUAGAUGAACAGGAUCUGUGUUACUCAUCUUGGUUAUUUACUAUGGAUCCAUGUUUAGAUUGUGUUUUAAUCACGGAAAUUAUUCAAGCAAUUCAUAUAUUACAUUUACAAAAUCGGCAAGUUAUAUUCAGUUUGGAUAAUUUGCAAGUGAUUGAAGAUUGGCCAAUGGAUAUGGUGAGUAAUCGGUUUUGUUUUAAAACGCUAGUUUUAUGUAAUACACAAGUAUUUUACUAAGAUUAUGAACCAAUCUAAGUUAGAUAACCAUUGGAUGCUUGUUAAAACUGGAUAGUUGAUUUUUUUUUCUAGUAUAGAGCUCUUCAUCAGUGUACAUUCAUGUUCUUUGAGUCAAGAAUCGAAUUCAGGACCUCAGUGCUAGCCAUCAAACUUUUAACCCCGAGUUUAUUGAUCUGAGAUCCAAUGGUGUACAAAUCUAACUUCAGUGAGCUUGAGACAUUGCACGACUAGUUACUAUUCUCUUCGAUGGGUAACUUCCACACACACGACACGAUUGAAAUCUAUUAGUAACGGAUCAAUGGUCGGCAAUUGGUUUAGGUAUAGACUUUAUCAAAAUAACUGGAUUGAAUAGAAUAGAUCAAAUGAAUAAAUUAAUAACAUGGUAUAAUUACUAUCAGGAUAUGACUGAGAAUUUAAAGGAUUCAAUGAAUGAAUGGAAGUUGUAUGAUACAUCAUUAUUGGAAAAUUCUUCUAAUGUAUCAAUGUAAUAAGUUAAGUAAUUCAUAAUUUAACCUAUACAUAUCAUAAUGAUCAUUUUUGUUAACAAACAAAUAGUGUAUAAUGAUAA